UAGAAAAGAUACACAUCAAGUUACAAAACAUAGCAAAAGUGAAGAUGUCGAUAUCAUUGAGGUAGGUAGAAGUAGAGGUUGCAUGGAUUUCACCAAUAGUAACUAAGUUGGGGAUCGGAUCCAGAACUGGAACAUGGAGGAGGCAGCGACCGGGUUUACUUCCCGAAGACUAUUGAUUCUAUUCUUUACCGUUCUAUUCACAGCAGCCGCUAUUGAGUCGACAGAGCGGUAACAUUGGCGAUGCAGUCUUGAGUUCCUCUCAGCCCAAAGGGAGUAAAUCGCAAGUUUACAUUUUUAAGGGUUUACAGUUUGAAAUCGUGUCUAACAUGUUAAAUCCACAUGUUUAAACUUUAAAGUAAAAACAGCAAGAAAAUCACAAAGGAAACAUAUGAAAGAAAAUCACAAAGGAUGGCGGCCGUGGAAAAUUUUCUGGAUAACUCUCAAAAUCUAGAGGAAGAUGAUGAAAAUAUUACUGUUAUGCCAUUGAUGAAUAAAAAGUAAAACAAAAACAAAAAAAAAAGGUUCUUGGUUACGAACUCGGGAACUGGAAAACUAUUUACCAAGCCAAUAACCACCAGACCACAGAAACAAUCAAUGUUUGUUGCAUAAUUCACAUAAUUAUAUAUACAAUUUUCAAAAAUAGUGAAAUAAACCCCAAAAUUAAUCUCUGAUUAAUCGUUGAUUAAUCUCCGAUUAAUCGUCGAUUAAUCUCCGGCUUUUUAUCAACUCGCUAUGUCCAGCUCAACCGCCCGACUCACGUCUAGUGCAAUUUCGAACAUGACAUAGACCUAAUACAAAAAGGUCAAUUAUAACUUUUAAGUAAUUUUACUUGGAUUAAAUAUGAUAAAUCAAAUCAACCCCCACAAGCAUUAAAAACUACAUUAAAGACCAAUAUAAAGAGACCACAAGAGGUUCACUCCAAACUGCAAUUUUGUUAUUUCAUGUAAAAGAGAUGAAGUCAAUCUUAUCCAGCACUUCCCUCGACUCUUCCUUCUCUCUCUCCAAACGUUACUUCAACUGGAAGAAGAAGAAGGUUCAAGAAAAAGACGAAGAGGAGGAAGUAGAAGACGAUCACAACAACAACAACGAAGAAAAGAUCUUGACACGUUUCAACUUUUCCUCCGACCCGACACAACCAGAUCAGUUCCAUACUCAACACGUGAUGCAAAAGAAGAAGAAGAAAAAGACAAUAGAGAAGAUCCGUUAUGCACUCGGGUUCUCCAACUCGGGUCUAGGUUUCCGGGUCGUGGGUACGUUAUUCGGAAACCGUCAUGGACACGUGUACUUCGCCGUACAGGAUGACCCGACCCGUUUACCAGCUGUUCUGAUCCAGCUACCGACUCCGACGAGCAUACUCGUCAAGGAAAUGGCUUCGGGACUUGUAAGGAUCGCGCUGGAAACGGCAGCGUUUAAGAGGGACUCGAAGAAGCUUCUUGAAGAGUCUACGUGGAGAACGUACUGUAACGGCAAAAAGUGCGGUUACUCGGCCAGGAAAGAGUGUGGAGAGGCGGAGUGGAGAGUGUUGAAGGCGGUGGGGCCUAUUACGAUGGGUGCCGGAGUCUUACCUGCGGCGGCAACGGCGGGGGAAGAAGGGAAUGAAGCGGUGGGGUCCGAGAAAGGUGAGCUCAUGUACAUGAGAGCCCAGUUCGAGCGGGUUACCGGGUCCAGAGACUCGGAGGCCUUUUACAUGAUGAAUCCUGAUGGGUCAAGUGGUGGGCCUGAGCUUAGUGUAUAUUUUCUAAGGGUUUAAGGGGGAAAAACACAAAUUAGUAAUGAUUAAAGAUGGUAGAUUGUGUUUUUGACUAUGGUGUUUUUGUUUAAAUGAUGGGAUAAUGUCAUAUGGGAAAUGUUAUUUAGAACUUAGAAGCAAUAUUGUAUGAAAUCAUUGUUUCUUUCGCA